AUGACACCACGGUCUCCUUCGCAGCUCAAAAGUGGCUGCAUAGGUUUCUCUGUCGUCCUUUCUAUUUCCUUCUGCUUGUACUCGAUUUCAUCCCGCCACGGUGCGACUCAAUUCCUCGCCAUCAUCCUUGUAUUCGGCAAGAAACGCGAAAAAAUCACGGGCAUUCUAGGCAUGGGCACGAAUGUUUGGGCCUUCCUGGCUGAUGUACCGGCCAAAUGCACAACGAUCGCCCACGUUCUCGAGAAAAAGGACAAGGAGCUGUCAGACGCAAGACGUGAACUGGGUAAUGUGGCCUCAGAGCUUGCCGCCGUCAAAGAGGUCAGAGAAGUUCUCUUCACCCUGGUGGAGAAACUGUGGAUGCUACUGUGCACGUAUGAGCAUGAACAAGGAGCGACGCAUCGAGAGUAUCAGACCCUGGAAUCUGUCCUCGAUUUGGCCCUCGCGCGGUUCGAUCUUCUCGGCGCAAGGGUCGACAGUGAAUCCUUGCGCCGGGAGAAUAGCGAGUUGCGAGCCGCGCUCCAGAUGGGAAGGGCACAAGAGGCAAAUACAUGUCCAGUUGCACAGCAUACGAACGAGGAUCAUACCGGGACGACAACUAGCUCUUCAACAUCUUCCAGUUGA